UUCCUUUCACGUCUUGCUAACUCCUUAGUGACUCUUCUGAAAAAUGGUGGUCAGGAAGAUCCAGAAAUUAUUGAGCAGGUUGUUGCUGUUUCUAUAACAUAUUUUACACUCCGGACAACGUAACUUAUAUAUUAUUUUUGCUGAAUUUUUGGUCUUUUUCUUUGAAGAUAUUUGAAUCAUGGUCUUACAUAGUGAGAGACCUGCAGAAGUAUUUCAUAUGCGACAUCAAAACUAUUCUGAAGGUUACAUUGGAGCUGAGGUAUUACCCCAAAGACUAUAUCAUCGAGUUGAUGUCACCCUCGAUGUCAUUUUUGUUGAGGACUGCACCGGAUAAGCAACUUGAAAAAGGGAUCAAGAGGAUCCUUUCUGAAGUUGCAGAUCCACCGAAAAGAACUGGAGGAGUUACUUUACUAUAUUAUGUUAUGAGAAAUACCGAUGCGAAACUCCAUUCAAAAGCUGGCAGGGUUUUGAGGUUCUUGCUGAAAGAUUCUACAUUAUCUUUUUGUGAUAAUUUUCCUCAAGGUUCUGGUAGUACAGUGGAAGUUGUGAGUUCAACUUUGGAGAGAAUAUGCAAGGAUUAUAAAGUAGAAGAAUUAAGUGUUAUCUGGAAUUGCUUGUAUCAGGAGGUAAACAAAUCAAUCUUGAACAAACAAUCAGUUCAUCUAAGCCGACUGUUGACAGUGAUUACUUCAGCUGUUAGGAUUAAGAAAGGUCUCAAGGUUCAUGGUAAGUUAUUAUAUUGUUGAAUAUCAUUUCCCCCUCUCUUCCCCUCCUCAAAUCGCUCUCUUAUGAUUGGUGUUAAAACUUAGAGGAGAAGAUGAAAAAAUUGUAUCUAUCAAUCACUAACAAUGACUUAGCGAAAACUUUUAUCAGUUGGAACAGUUUUCAUUUAAAAAUAUCUUCCAAUCAUUCAAAAUGUUUGAUUCAGAUUCUUCAUAAAAAAAUGUAAUACUAGCUAGGAGU